UGGUUGGGCCAGGAGUUGAUAAAACCCGGCCCAAAUCAGGUCCUCCUCCUUGUCGCCCGACCUGAACAAAAUCAGCUACCCACGGCUUCCUCCAUCUGCACAGAAAUAUGAAGAAAUCAAAUCAUUCAGUCCGCCAUGAUUAGCGUUCUUGCUCAGGAGCGUCUGCUGGGCGCUGCACUCGGAAGCAUACUCACGGGGAUCGUUGUGUUCGAGCAGCGCAGGUGCAUCUACAACUCCAUUUCCGGCGCCAAACCUCUACGAGUUUCCCAGAUUGCAGAGCCCAUUUUUGGAAGGAAAUCUCGUGCAGAGUUGGCGCACCUUUGGAACAAAGCUGUGGACCAGACAUUUCGACCUGUGAUCGAGUCUCUUAGUUCAUCUGGAUGGUAGAUAUACGCACUGCACUAUUUUCGUGACAUUAAUACGUGCUAAACUGAACUUGCCCCACUUUUGUAUUUUUGCAUAUUUUGAGCAACCAGACAUUGAUUUCAAAGGCAUAAUAAUUUUGCUGGCAAACUAUAUUUUUAUUUUUGAAUUUAUAUCAGUGAAUUAUGCUUGUCUUUCUCUUCA